AUGCCGACAGCGUGCUCCAUCCUUGCAGACUACGUGUCCCGUAGCAACCAAAGUUUGCGGUUCUCAUUGGCUGCCAUUGAAGGCGGAAGCCCCGCUGCAAUGACUCCCUUGUGCCACCUGGUCCACGCGACGCAAAUGAGCCUUGUUCCUCUUCUUUCUCGGACCUCUUGUCGGCUGCCGCUCGCACGGAGGCUCGCUAGCUCGGCUAGGUUGACCAGCACCAGCAGCACAGUCAACCUGACUUAUGACGUGUUCGAUGGGAAGAGCGACAGUGGUGCGCCGCUAGUCUUCCUGCACGGCUUGUUUGGAAGCAAGUCCAACUUUCAAUCCAUAGCCAAAUCACUGGUCCAGCGGACUGGUCGUAAGGUGCUGACCGUUGAUGCCCGUAACCACGGCAACAGUCCCCACCACCCUGAGCUGACAUACGAGGCAAUGAGCGCCGACCUGUUGCAACUUCUCACGCGGUUGCAUAUCGACAAGUGUGUCCUGAUAGGGCACAGCAUGGGUGGCAAGACUGCAAUGACCACCGCCCUCACUCAGCCAGCACUGGUAGAGCGGUUGGUUGUGGUGGACAUUAGCCCGGCACAGAGCAAUACAACAAGCGACUUCCACUUGUACAUUGACGCCAUGCGGGACGUCAACGUCCCUAGCGAUCUACCGCGCUCCACCGCCAGACGCUCCGCCGAGGACCAGCUGCGUCACCGAGUCAAGGAACACUCGUUGCGACAGUUCUUGCUCACCAACCUGGUGGAACGCAACGGGCAUUACACCUGGAGGGUCAACCUGGACGCCGUCUCGGCGCACCUUAACGACCUUAUGAGUUUCCCAAGUUUUGACUCCACCUACCAGGGCCCAACACUCUUUCUGGGCGGAGCUAAAUCUGCUUACAUCAGCUCCGAAGAUUUCCCAAAAAUCGAGCGUCUGUUCCCGUGCGCUGACAUUCAGUACAUACCGGAGGCAGGCCACUGGAUUCACGCCGAGAAACCAUUGGAUUUCAUCAGCUCUGUUGUCUCCUUCCUUCGUUCCUAA